GCAGGAGACAGAAAAGCAACCAGGCAGAGAGAAAGAGAGAGGGAGCUGGCGGACUGGUGGCCUUGCAUAACACUCAGUGGAGCAAGCUUGUACGCAGGUCUUGGUGGGGUCUGCAGCACUGGGGAACUUCCUUUUACCACUGGCCCUCGUUGCAAAGGGCAGGUAAGCCUGCGAACCGGAAUCCACAGAGACAGCUGCACAAAGGACAGAAUCAGGAAGAAGAAUCCUGGGAUACUUAGACACAAACUGACACUGACAGGAAGAAUCAUUGGACAUGAUCUGCAGGCAGUGGCUGUGAACAGACUGAUUUUUGUCAACAUUGUGGAAGAGGCAGACUGGUCAAAUAUGAUUCCUCAUGAAGUUUGUGGAGCUCAUUUUUUGAGCUGGAAUGACUCCAUCUUCUCUGGUGCAGCUGGAGUUCUCCAUCAGUGAACACAACGAGUCAAAGCCAAAGAGAGCACACGGAGGGCCCUGAACAAUACCACAGAGAAAAUAUUCUCAUAGGUGCAGAGAAAGUAGUACAAAGGAGCAUUAAGACAUCUUGGGCACCAUGAAAGCCAAUCAAGAGCGGAGUAAUGGAUGCCUGCCUCCUAAGAAGCGUGAGAUCCUGGCCCUGGAGCAGAGGCCAGUUGUAGUAGCUGCAACUACACCUCCUAUUGCAGUACCUACUGACAGUCCCCACACAGAAAACCUGGCCUGGCUUGCAAGUGUGGCCAGUGAACGCUGUAAGUCCAGAGAGACAGAAAGUCCAAGAUGUCCUAUUCCCUCUACAUCUUCUUCUUCUCCUACCACGUCUAUCCCUUCCCCAGCAACUACCCUUUCUGCAGUGCCCUUGGCCUCUCUGCCUGCAGUUUAUCCAGCAGCCCUUCCCCAACAAGCUGGAACAAUCCAGUUUACCCAGCUGGGACCCAAUGUGCAAUUCAUCAGUUCUGGGCCCUAUGCUGGGUACAUCUCCUCCCAUAUCAUUCCAACUAAUGCUACUUCUGCACCUAAUAGCUCUGCAUUAGUAGGACAGCGCACCCAGAUAGAUGGUUACACCACUGCCCUUAUAUCACCCAGCACUAAAGGGGAGCAGCAGUUUCAAAUUGGACUCUCCCCUUCAGAGUUGGCUCCUGUCACACUUCCAAGUUCUCCCCAAGUAACCAAUCAGUACAUCCAUCUGGACAAUAGAACACCUUUGACUGUGAGUGGAAACGCUGUAGCAUCACCUGCAGCUCACCUUCAGCUCCACCCUCAUGCAGCUGUUCUCCCACAAACGCUUACACUUGCCCCAUCACAGCUUGUGGUUCAGUAUGCAGAUGGUUCAGCUGGAAAGAAACCUGAAGGCCAUGCUAAGAGUGUGCUGAAUGGGGAAGUGGAAGUGGUCAAACAAGCCAAAGUCUCUGGGGCCAACCAUCAGCCUGUCCAGAGCUAUGAGGCCAGGCAUAUCCUCCUACCUGCUGACUAUGGCCAAAACCCUGCAGGUUUGCAGACCUCUUUGGUGCUUGUUGCCCAGCCAAACCAUGGAGUGGAACAUGAUGCUGGCUCAAAUAAAAUUUCCCUGGUCCAGACUGAGAAAGGAAGCAUUUGUUUAGGAAAGCCUGUAUCCAGAGCCUCUUCGUUCUCUUCGCUUUCUUCCUCAGAAGUGGUCAAGUCUGUUCCUCAUACUGUCAUCCAAACUAGUCUGGCUCCUGAAGAACUGCCAGUCAGUCUCUACUCCUCCACACAGCCUCCCAUCAUUGGCUACAUCACCAGUGCAAACCAGCAUACUGUCAGCUACCAUGCAGCACUGCCACAGCACCUGGUCAUCCCAAGUGGCCAGUCCCUUCUCAUACCAGUCAGCAGUGCCAACAAUGGCACAGAAAUAGAGGUCAGUCGCACUGUCAGUGCCAUUACUGCCACUACCCCUCAAAUAUCCACCGCCAUGCCACAUGCCUACCUGGCCACAGCUCUAUCUAAAUGUGAAGCUCUUGGCCCAGAUGGAAAUCAACCGCCCUCUGCCCCACCACAGGCUGCAGCCUUGCCUGCAUUGCCCUCAAACCCAGUUCCUGCAGUGGUGGCUGCUCCAUCCCAAGCUCCCACUCCUGUGCCCACUCCUUCUCCCUCCUCUGUCCAAGCCUCUCCCUCCGUCUCUUCCCCAUCUUCUCCUGUAGCCCUCCCUCCUUUCUUUAUGCGAGGCUCUAUCAUCCAGCUGGCUGAUGGGGAGCUAAAGCGUGUGGAGGACCUCAAAACAGAAGACUUCAUCCAGAGUGCUGAGAUCAGCAGUGAGCUGAAGAUUGACUCCAGCACUGUGGAGCGCAUAGACUGUGGGCAAAGUCCCAAUGCAGUGCUCAUUCAGUUUUCUGUGGGGGAGCUCAAAGCCCAGGUGUGUGUAGAGGUGCUGGUGGAGUAUCCAUUCUUUGUUUUUGGCCAGGGCUGGUCAUCUUGCUGUCCUGACCGGACCACGCAACUGUUUGAGUUGUCAUGUGCCAAGCUGUGUGUCGGUGAUGUGUGUGUGUCACUGACCCUCCGUAGUUUGAGGAAUGGUUCCCUGACAGAUAGUCAAGCAUUGGGGACCAAGCUGAAGAUGGGUUCACUCUCUGACCUGUCCCACUGCGUGGAUCCUAAUGUGACGAACAGUACCAAUCCCAACCCUCCUGGCAGUAACGGUAGUCUCCUCAUGAAGGCUUCCACUGCCAACAGGAUGGAGAAACUUCAUGUUUCUGGACUUGGAGCAGGACAAACUGGUGGGCUCGUAACAUCACCACCUCCAGAACAGUCAGAGAGGAUGUUCAGAGGUGGACCAAUGCUGGCAGGCUCUGGGGGGGCAGAAGUAAGACAGGAACCACUGAAAACAGACAUAUCUGCCCUCUGUUCUGAUCCAGAGAGACCUUUUGUUCGCAAGAGACGCUGGUCAGCUCCAGAGCGAGACCAGACUGAGAAAGCUGAAGAAGAGCCACCUGUGACUCUGCCUAAGCCCUCCUUUCUACCCCAGGAAGUCAAAAUCAGCAUAGAGGGCCACUCAAGCGCUGGGGGCGAAAGAUUCUUAAAGAAAAGAGUUGACUGUUAAGAGAAUUUUAAAAUACCUAUUGUCGGCUUUGUGUUUAGCUUCUCUCUCUUUUCACUCAAUCAUGACUACUGUAAUAUAGCCUGAGAUUCUGCAGGAUAUACAUGUUUCCUUUCACACAAGGAAGAAGUAACGUAGAGCACCUUGACAAAUGGUAACACACAAGAUCAGUGCAAUCAAUGCUGAAAGCAACAAUGAAUGCAAAGUGAAUGUUGAUCAUGAAUGGUGGACGUCUAUUAUAAGAGGGAUUUAUGUGGGACUAGAAUGAUUUUUCUAUUAACACAAUGAAGCACAGACACUGUUGACAUGUUUGAAGAAGUGUGUGAGUGGAAGGUUGAGCAAGAGACAUUUGGUGUUUUAAGGACGAUGAUUAAUUGGGUUGACUGAGAGCUUUUCUGUCUCAUUGGUCUGAUUUGACUUUUGUCCCAUCAUCUAUAACUUUCACACCAUCAUGACUGCCUGAGCUGUAGUGAGAGGCCUUGUUCCUCUGCGCGAAUGUUUGUGUUUGUUGGUGUGUAUGCUUUUUUUUUGCUGUGGCUGUGAAAUGGAGCAAAGGAUAUGAGGCGAUACUGUUAGCUGCGAACUCGGUCCAAGUCGUGGAAAUGAUGACUAAGAAGGCUUGAAUGUAACAAUUCCCUUAAUAGUGACUCAUCAAGUCAUGCAUGUGCUGUUUGUUACCAGCCUGAUGUGUAAAAUGAGAAUGUGGCUCAGAGUCUGAUGCAAUGCUGUUGCAACAGGCUAGUCUCAACAGUUUUGUGUAGAUAAACUCCCAUGGUGAUAUUUCUUGGUUCACUACUCUGAAACUUUCCUUAAAGGAAUGCAUGUUUCAGGGUACAUUAUUUAUGGCUUCUGCUUAUUCCAUUUUUACACAGAGAUUAUGAAAAGUUUACAUUUCAACAAAAUGUUAAUAACUGAGCUCUCUCAUAGCUAGCCCUUCUAUGAUAUUAAAUAUAGCUACUAACUCAACUUAUUUUUGUUGGACAGUCUCAGUGCAUUUGUAUUAAUGUAUUAUUGAGAGCAAAAACUAAUAAAUUGCAACUGUAUAACAGGAGAAUAAAACAGGACUGAAGUAAUAUAUGUGAGGACUGGUUGCUUCACCAAUAUUUCUGCCCUGAUAUUUAUUAUACCUGGAGUGUUGCUUUGAUUCUUUCAUGCAUAUUUGAGAACUCCUUAGAUCUCCCAUAGUCCAGCUUAAGGGUGCUCAGACAAUGCGCCGUCUCUUUUCACAAAUUUCUUCCUUGGUGCUUCAGUCCACAGAUGAGCUCUGCGCCUUCCUCGCUCAGCUCCACCAGAAUAGCGGCAGCAGCAUUUAGCAAACACCUGGUGGAAAUGCGAAUUUGCUGAGCUUAUCAUACAAACUAUUUUGCAGCUCACUGCUCCUACAAAUAGUUGUAAACAGCACAAUGGAGGAGAAUUGUUGUGAUGACAUGCUGAAAGGGGAGUGUUGGAAAGAGCAGGAAUUUUUAAAGAGACAGAGGCCUAAUUUCAAGGCAUCAAAUUGCAAAAACAAAUUAAUUUCAAAUUAUGUUCUACAUAUGCAGCAUUUUUAUAACAACUAAAGGUAACAUAGUUACUUGAAUGAGCUAUAAAAUGGCGCUAUGUGCCUACAGAAUUCACACUUUACCACCCCUUAAAUAGAUGAUGUCCCAUGAAUCUUAACCUUUGUACACAGACUAGUGUAGCACUAGAGUCUCAAGAUUCAGAUAACACAGCAGGCUUUUACUGUGAUAAAGUUGCUCCUCUAAUAAAACAAAAAAGAUUGACAAUACAUGUGUCUUUACUACAAAUAUGUAGGGUCUUUAAUACAAAACAUUUGCCCUUAGAAUAUGCAGUCAUACCUCCACUAAAUAUAGAAACUCUUUUCAAAGAAAAACAUAAAAUCAACUUGAGCAUUGAAACUGUGGACAGUAAUCAAUCUUGUUCUAGUCCUUACUCUACUAUUUUCUUCCUGACCCCUAAGCUUCCCAUAGCUGCUCAGGGAAACAGCAGUUUAAGUCAACAGAAGAUUUACUCCUAUAAAACUGCAAAAAUAUUGUAUUAUUUAUAAAUACCCAUACUCACAAAUUAUUUGUAUUAGAAUACACGAGCUCAGAAAAACACACAACUUGCUUGACUCUUUACCUCCUGUUUACAUAGAUAGCGUUAAGCUGCAGACUUGGAUCUGAGGAUACAGGUGCACCAACAUCACCACAUCCUACCUGCAAGCUUAAAUAUUUGUAAUUUUUCCAACAUGCAACUAGAAAAAUCUGACUGAAGUGCCAAGCUGUUAUAGAAAUUUAGAAAAGGCAGGUGUGAAACUUCCAAAAGUUAUUACAUCCAAGGUAUGGUAAGCAGCCGGUCAGGACUCCAGCAAAAAAUAAGGCUAUUUUAUUUUUGUAUAUGUGCUGGGAUGUUUCUAGUUGCAUCUGCAAAAGUCACUCCUAACAUUUUGUUGCUAGUCAGAAAACUUGUGCAGAUCGGUGAACAACCUAAUUACCAAAAGGAGCACAACUCAGACAAUCCAUUUUCAUCAACUUUUAUUUUUUUAGUCACUGUAGCUACCUGUUUAAUAGCAGAGGUUGUAAUGUAACUUGUGAGUAACUAAUAUGUGCAAAGUUUUACUCAAGACAUGUAAGUGGCAGCUAUUUUGGAAUUUUGGAGAGGUUUGCUAGUAAACUUCACUUCUCAAGUCAUAAUUUUGGCUUUUAGAUGUUGCUCAAGCAAUUUUUUCCGGCUUUUGAUUUUAAAAAAGAAAAAACAAAAACAACCCAACAACAUUGACAUUAAGCCUAAUUAGCUACAACUGAAAUUCAAUUCAAAACUCCCAAUGGGAAUUAAGGAGAGUUCCCAUUUCCUUAUUUGCAUGCCAUGUAGAAACUACAUAACCAGAUGAAUAUUUUAUUAAGCGAGUUGAGGAUAUUGCUUUAUUAGUAGUGAUUAGUAUCCCUCUUGAGCUAUGAAAAGUUAAAAUGUACAUCUUUUGCUGAUUUUAAUUGCAUACAAAAUGCUGCUGCCACAAUUUGUUUCAUAAGAUUCCCCACCAGAAUUGACCUAAAGGCCUUGCUAGAAAAGUUGUCGUUCUGUCUAUAAAUAUUGACAAAGGGUUCAGGUUUAUGGGCGACUGGUCUCAUUGUUGCUACUUUGCAUAUUUUACAAACACCAAGGCCUUGAUAUUUAACAUGUAUCAAGUUUAUAGCAGUACAUCCGGUUUUACAUUGAAACCUUAACAUUGGUUUGUCUCUCUCAGGUCAGCUCCUGAUAUCUUAGAGUGAUGGUGUUGAGAUUAAAACACCAAAAUCUUUGUGUUUCUGUUCUAGAAAAAGGAGACCUUCUACAGUUCAUACUCAGGAAGAAAGUGUAGGGAACAGAUGGUAUUUGUUGUGGUGUGCAUGUGUAUGUGGGAAGACCUGAGAUAGCAUUCCCAUGUCAUUAGUCAAGUGUGUGUAUAUGUGUGUUGAAAAGCAGCACUUUGAUGGAGCGUCCAGUUGGAGCUUGUUAGCAAUGUUGAACCUCUCUUGCAGUUUUUAGAUAUAACAAUAAAAGUGACUUUUUCCUGUCACUUUGCAUGUUUUGCAGGUUUGUCAACGAGAGACACCAAUAUAGAAUGUAAAUGGACAUGAAGCAAAUUUUAUUUUUCUGAGGAUUUAUAAAGCUACUAUUCAGAGAAAGAAAGAGAUGCAGAGCUAACUAGCCACCUAGUGCUGAUCAUGUACAGUGAAAUUGUAUCUUAGAGAGUGUACAGAGUGUAAUCUAACCUUUUAAUGUACUGUAUGUGCCACAAAGCCUCCUUCUUCAAUCAUUCCAUUGACUCACCAAUACCUACAAGUUCUGCUAUUGUUUGUUCCGACUCUGGUAUUGAUCAAAUGUUCAUGAAUGUGCUAGGUCUCUUUUGGGAACACCAGCGUUGCUGAGGCUCCUCAAAGUUUAGUUUGUGUGAAAAAUGGACUGCAGUUUAUUCUAAUAGCCAUUAAACUCCUAGGAGGUGUUUAUUGUAUACCCAGAAAUCAGACUGUUCUGUUUGUGUGCGACUGCUCAGGCUAUUUAAAAAAAAAAAAAAAAAACAACAACAAAAAAACACUGCCCUCUGACUGUUCUCCUCCGAUGAUGUGGUCUUAUAUCCUUCACUGUUACAAAGUAGAACUACUGUUUGUCUUAAUAGGUAUUUUCUUUCUCCUCACUUGGCUCAUGUUUGUAGUUUUCCAAAGUGAAUUGUUUUUCAAAUACAGUGCUGACAUGUUAUGAGACAAACCAACUAAUGAAAUGUGGAGUUUAUUUCUGACUGAAAUGUUACGGUCAUAGACUGAUGUAAAGGAAGUGGAUGUAGCAUCAUGGAAAUUAAUGUUCUGUUGUUUUUUCUGCAUCUUUGAAUUUGGCACCAGGCUCAUUUUUGAAUAUUUAUUUUCUGGCCUGAUGUGAAUACCAGAGUGGACGCCAAGCUAUGGACUGGUGCUGUGAUUCUGGCUAUGAGAUGCUAAUGGUUCCCGUUAUUUCCUGGACAAAAGAUCAAAUAAAACUUAAAGUAAUUUUGUUACAAUAGGUAAAAAAAAAAACCCUAAAGGACUUGGCUAGUUGAUUAAUUAAAUCAGAACAAAUUAUAUCAAAACUAAUAAUAUAAAAUAAACAGUGACAUGAAUUAUAAGUCUAUUAUUCAUAUAAAACAAUUAUAUAAUAAUAAAAAUAUAAUGUAUUUACAGACAAGUUAAAACACACUGAUGUCUGUUGAAUAUACAUUUUAAACAUUUGUUUUGUUCAGAGCAGAAACUCUAAGUUAGAAAAGUGAUUUAUUUUCAUCUGAAAAAAAUUCUAUUUUAAUUAUUGGAUGUCACAUUCAAAUAAAAAAAAAGAAAAAAAAAAGCUAUCUGGCCACUACAGAAGUUCACUGGUUUGUUCACAUGAUAUUUAAAUUACCAAUACUUCAACGUCAAAGGAAAUUGAGCAUGUUGGUUGUUAGGAAAUCUGUACUAGUACUGAAAGACGCUCUUUAGCAUCAUUUCACAUUGAAGCAAAUACUGACAAAUAUUUCACACUGAAAACAAAAAGCAGUUUUAGUCUUUUUUUUUAUUCAUUAUGAAAAAGCAAAGAUGUUUCUGCCUUAUUUCUCAUUCAAUAAACUUUAUAGUAUUAUGAAUUAAUUGCACUAAUAAUGAGGGUUUGACAUAGCCAGUACACUCACAAUGACUUAUGUGAAAAAUCUUCUGUAUUUUAUAUAUAGAAAAUUCAUCUUUUUUAUUUUAUUACUGCAGGUUUACAGUAAAAUGCCUCAGUUGUCAGAGUUUUUAGCCAUCCCUAUCUGUUUUUUAAUUGGUUUGUGGAUCAAGAUGCUACAUUCACCUUUUACAUGGUCUGUGGCAACUGAAAGUUUUCUUAUGGCCAACAAAUCCACACUUUAUGCUGUCGCCUGCAUUAAACUGUAAUACAAAUCUUUAUAAACUGUUUACAGAUGUUUUUUUUUUAUUGUUUUGAAAAUAAUUACAAAAACUCUACAGUAAACUCUACACUAUGCUUAAAGUUGAAAUAUUUUGGUUUUCAGACACAUUCCUGUUUUUAUUGUGGUUUAAUCUUAACUGUUACAUGUUCUGAACAGAUUGAUCAAUAAAAUCUGGAGAGGACA